AUGUUGAGAGCCAUUUUUAAGGAAAGAGAUACAGUGAGGGAGAUGCCAGAAUGGAAGGAUAUGAAAGAUAUUGGCAUGUUCAGGAAGAAACGAAUCUAUAAUGGUUUGCUCACCAAUAUUCAGCCUGUGGAAUGGAGAUACCUAAUGUAUGAUAAUGAGGCCAGGCCUCGAGCAGUAUUCACCAUGUGGCUAGCUUGCCAUGGCCGUUUAGCAACAAAAGCUAGAUUGAUGAAAUUUGGAAUGCUGGAUAACAAAGAUUGUAUGUUUUGUGCAACUGAGGAGGAUCUCAAUCAUUUACGGUUUGAUUGCUCAGUUACUAGGGACAUUUGGAGAACGGUUUUGAGGUGGCAACAACUGGAUCAUAACCCUCUUGACUGGGAGCAGGAACUAAAGUGGAUUGUUCACAAUUGCAAGGGCAAAAGCUGGAAACAAAGGCUCCUAAAGACAGCGUUUGCGGAGACCAUAUAUGCAUGCUGGAUCUAUAGGAAUGCCAUUGUAUAUAAUACACAUGAUAGAGAUAAGGAAAGAUAUAGAAACAUACUUAGAGAGAUUAUAGAUAUAGUUGUGAAUAGAGUUUCGAGAAAACCAAACCUUAGAGAAAGAGUUAUUCCAUUGCUCUUAUAA